CUCCUCCCUCUUCUAGCUAGAAAGAAAGACAUGGCGAGGAAAAGAAAGACAAUUGAGGAACCAGAAGAUAUUGCUCAAGAGCAUCAGUGUAGUAAUGAUAAUACUAAGGAGCUAGUAAAAGAAGUAGCAGCAUUAAAUGGAGGAAGACGAGGCCGUAAACGAUUCGUUGGUGUUCGGCAAAGACCAUCAGGACGUUGGGUAGCUGAAAUCAAAGAUACCAUACAAAAGAUUAGGGUUUGGUUAGGUACCUUUGAUACAGCUGAAGAAGCAGCUAGAGCUUAUGAUGAAGCUGCAUGUUUACUACGUGGUUCCAAUACACGAACAAACUUUUGGCCUUCUUUUAAUUCUUCUUCUUCUGCUCCUUUAACACCAGCUCUUCCUUCAAAGAUAUCUAACCUUCUUCUUCACAAACUCAAGUCCAGCAGAAACAAUCUCAACUCUUCUGGUUCAAUCUCUAAUCAUCAGCAACAACAACUCCCCCACCACCAACAACAACAACUUAAUGAAACAGAUGAACUAGCACAUGAAACCCAGCUGACCGAAUUCUUCGAUGAACCCGCAAGUUAUACAACUGCUGCUCCUACUACUACUUACAGUGAUUAUAUGAAUACGUUAAGUUUUGAUGAGUUAAGUUUAAAUGGAGAAUACCAAGAUCCAGUAGUAGGAGAUAUGGGUAUGGAGUACAAGUGGGGUAGUCCUAGUGAUCAUCUAAGUACUGAUAGUGCUAGUAACUAUUACUUGGAAGGAGAAGGAGAGAAGGAAGAAAAACUUGUUGGAGAAGAUCAAGGACAGAUGUUUAUAGACGAUCAGUUCCAAGAUGAUAAUGAUGUUGUUAUGGAUUUUCAAUUUAUAGAUGCUGCUGCAGCGGGGUCGUCAUCGUUGCCUAGUUGUUACUAUCCUUUUGAGAUAGCAGAAGAUAUCACGGAGCCAAUCGAACAAGAAAACCAUGAGGACAUUGAGUGUGAUAGAAAUCAGCCUGAGAUGCUUAGAGCAGCCAUGAAAAGAAUGAAAUAUGAAAGGAUAUCUUCUGCAUCGCUUUAUGCUUUCAAUGGUAUACCCGAGUGUUUAAAGUUGAGGCUUGGUUCAGAAUAUGAUGAUCUAGAAGGUAGAGCUGGAAGGUUUAUUAGUAGUAACUUAGCAAGUGGUACUACUUGUGAGCAUAACAAGGAAGAGAAGAAAAUUGAUGAAGAACAAGAAGUUCAAAAUGCAGAAGCAGUUCAAGUUGAAAAUAAGCAGGAGCAAAGCCCUACAGAGACCUUGAUAGAUGUUGGACAAUCACCUUCUUCUCCUCCAUUGACUGUGUCCUCGUUGUCACCAUCUUCUUCCUCGAGCGAUGACGGAGAAUUAUCGCUUUGGAGCUCUCUUGAUGAUCUUUCUCCGAUAUGCCUCGUUGCUUAAAUAGUUAUCAGGUAGGGAGAGACUUAAUCGGAUAAAUGUGUAUGUUCUGCGUCACACUAAUGGUGGAUACGAAAUGAGGGUUGACCAGUAGUAUACCUAAAGUACUUUUGGGAGUAGAAUCUAAAUGCAUUAGAGGACUAUUAGCACAAGCCACAAGGCUACUUUCUUCCCAUGAAUCAAAUAUUAAUGCAAAUGCUAUUUUAAAUUGAAGUUUAUUGUAGUAAACUGUUAAUUGAAUAAAUG